AUGGACUCAACCGUCUUCCACAUGGAUGGCGAAGCGCACCUUUAUGUCAUGCUGCCCUUCUUCCAUGUAAGGCUUCCCUUCAUUGUAGACGAGGCUCUGUCUAACUCGACCCGUGGCUUGGUGGCUUCAUACCACGCCAUCUUCAACACAAUCACACUCGUCCUGGGGCCGCCACAUAUUCCUCCAGACGCCGUUCUGUUGAAGGACAUAGCGCAACAGCAGAAGCUUCGAGGCGUCAUGGUCAUACCAGCCCUUCUGGAACAACUCCUCCAUGAUCCUGACGGCAGCGGGUUGCUUCAGAGCUUGGAGAUUGUUGCUUGUACUGGAGCACCACUUCCUGCUGCGGUCGGAGAUCGAAUCAAGAGUAUCGUGAAGCUCUACAUGUUCAUGGGCUCCACCGAACCAUUUCCUCUACCCGAAAUAUUCAAGUCUCCGGAUGACUGGCAGUAUCAUGAGUUCAACCCAAGCCUCAUACAUGAGAUGCAACUGUAUAAUUUGAAUGAGGGCACUUUCGAGUUGGUCAUCUUCGCCGACGAGAGCGCCAAGGAUACGAACCCUUUGUAUCAUAACGUACCAGGUGUCAGUCCGUACUAUACCAAAGACUUGUUCACACAACAUACGGACCCAGAGAAGCGCAAUCUCUUCAAGUAUUACGGAUGCAAGGAAGAUAUUCUCGUCAUGGCAAACUGGGAGAAGGUCAACCCUAUUCCACUAGAGCAACACGUGCAGGGCCAUCCUUCCGUCAAGGGCGUGCUACUCAUUAGCACAGGUAGGGUCCAGUCGGCCUUGCUCGUUGAGCCUAAAGAACCCGAAGGACUGGACGAAGCCGGUCAGGCCGAGUUGCUCGAAAAGCUCUGGCCGCGGAUUGGAGAAUCGAACGCGCGAGUUCCUGGUCAGGGACGUGUUGCCCGUGACAAGGAUGAGAUAGGGAGACUAUACGCAAGCGCCAUGAACCGGGCCCCAACUGUCAAGAUAGCUCUGGAAGCAAAGACUACUUACCGACCGACGGCAGUGGUCAGUUUUCUUCGUCAGGUCUUCGAGAUCUCGUUCGCCCCGGCACGCACAAUUGUGGAAGAUGAAGAUUUCUUCGCUCACGGUUUGGACUCGGUACAGACGUUGGGGAUCACGGCAAACCUAAAACGCAAUCUGGAAGGCCUUGAAGGGCAGAGUUCGCGUUCGGUCGCUUGGAUUUCGGCACGUACCAUCUUCUGUAACUCGACUUUUGCUGAGCUUUCCGAGCUACUUGCAACUUUUCUGAACGAGGGAACCGUUCCAGCUAGAGACUCUCAAGCGAAGCAAGCACACGGCGUGGAUGAGGCCGUGAAACGAAACACCAAAGGCCUCCCGGACAGAAAGUCGUCAAAAGCGACGCCUCCGAGGAUAUCCACGCCUUGGUAG